CAAGCCCAAACAGCUGUCAAAUCAAGUAGCCGCCCGCCCCCCAGUCCCUCUUCUCGCUGCAGCCACCAGCUGCAAUCGCGACAAGGACCCAAGCCUUCUCUCAACCAGAUCGAUUUUUGCCGCACCCACCCGGACGGGCUUCAAUUGGGCUUUGGAGCUUGCCUUCCCCUCCAUAGUUUUCAUAUUUGGUUUUUUUCCCCUCCUCGAGAAACCACGCCUGUACACGUCAUGUCGGCGUCCAUCCUCCGAGUCGCCGCCCGCGGCACCCUGCUCCGGUCCAGCAUCGCCCGCCCGGCUGUCGCCCAGCCCAUCGCCGCCCGCACCCGAUACGUCGUCGCCGCCCCGAGCUUCAGCACCUCGGCCCGCCUGCGCUCCGCCGACACCCACGGCGAGGAGACCUUUGAGGAGUUUACCGCCAGAUACGAGAAGGAGUUCGAGGGUGUGCAGGAUGUUUUCGAGCUUCAGCGCAACCUGAACAACGUCUUUGCCUACGAUCUUGUCCCAUCUCCUUCUGUCCUGGUCUCUGCCCUGAAGGCCGCCCGGAGAGUCAACGACUUCCCCACAGCUGUCCGCGUUUUUGAGGGCAUCAAGGCCAAGGUUGAGAACGAGGGCCAGUACAAGCAGUACCUGGAGGAGCUGAAGCCCCUGAGGGAGGAGCUGGGCAUCUCGCUGAAGGAGGACCUGUACCCCGCUACCGAGGAGUCGCACUAAGCGAUAUAAUCCCAAUCAACACUUUUGGAAAUACGAACCGGGCGAUAAUGGUGGGCAAAAGCGAAAAUUCCAAGUCGGCGAGAUCGGAGACCGGGGGUCGAGGAAGGAGCUCUGUUGGGGGUCAGGGGCCCCAGAGACAGCGGGAGGGGAGGGUAGGGCCUAAGCGGCCCCAACCGGCCACGGGCCGUAGAGCGUCCUUGCGGUCGGCGGCUAGAUCAGAUCUUGCGUCAUAUCCGAGAGAUUCUGUUUGGCAGCGGUCGGCUCCCCCUUGUACAAGUUUACUAGACAUAUAUGUUUCUUUUCCUCUUUGCCCCUGCCUAUGGCACAUCGCCCCGUGGCUCACAUGCCCUCCCUGGGCGCCCAGGCUAGACCUAGACACUGAAAGCAGCCUGGCACUAGUAGCCAGC